AUGGACGAACCCUGGCAAACAGAACACUUCUCCUCCCGCCGCAUCGGGCACGGCAGAAAAGGCAAAGGCACAGGAGGCGGCGGGAAAGGAGGCUCUUUCGAUCCAAGACGAACGUAUGGAGUUUACGAGCUGAAUUGUGGGGGCGGUUUGGAGGGCGUCGCGGUUUUGGCGGGGAGUAGGAGGGUUCUUGAGGAGGUGGUGAGGGGGUUUGAUGAGGAGGGGGAGGAGGAGGAGGAGGAUGGUGACGAAGAAGAUGAAAACGAUGAUGAUGAUGGUACUGGUGGCAAAGACGAGAGCGACGACGAAGACGACGAACAACCCAAAACCAGCCUCGAACUCGCGGACGAAAAAGAACGACGCCGUUUCGCAGCUUUCGAGAAGAAUUCUUUCCGUCCGCCGAAGUUUUGGUUGCGGUGGCGAGGGGUUGUUAGUAAAGAAGUCGACGAACUUCGGGGAACCAGUGUUAAGAAGAUUGUCGAGGUCAAUGGGGGUUAUCUGGUUUACGGUGGUAAUGAGUGUGCGAGUUUUCAGGGCACGAUCAGUUGUGAGGCGUUGGGGUGGAGGAAUGUGAAGGUUAUGGGGAAAAAGGUUUUGUCGAGGGCGAGGGAGUGUUCGGUCGGGUGGAGUGAUGUUGGGUUGGAUGGAUGA